UGAGCUUGACAAAAUGGUUUAAAAUGUUUUCAAAUUGCUAGGCCCAGACUUGGAGGAAAACACAAACACUCUUCAAAGAAAAAUAGAAUUGCUGACUAGUCGAAAAGAUGAUGUGCAUAUGGAAUUACAAUACGAAGCAUAUUCUGAUGGGAAAAAACGCAAGAGAGAGGUUGAAGAGUGGUUGAUUAAUGCUGAAGACAUAAUAACAGAAUUUGAAACCUUGAAAGAACAAGUACAAUGCUGCAAAGUCUAUACACGACAAAAGUUGACUGAACGGGUUGAAAUAAUGACCAACGAAGUGACUGAGCUUCUUGUGCAAAGUUAUUUUCCUAAAGGGCUUUUUCUUGAGUAUAUUCCAUCAACACUUCGUCGUAGACUGUUGACGCUUUUAAUGGACGAAGAAAUCUCAAGAACUGGCCUUUGGUGGGGUCGGGGAAUAGGCAAAACAACUUUAUCAAAUAUGCUCUCCAAUGAAUCCACAUUCUUGGAUCAUGUUUAUCAUGUCAGUCUCUCUCAAGGGAGUAGCAUUUACAAAUUGCAGAGUGACAUUGCGCAAGGUCCGAAACUAGAUUUCUCGUGUGAGAAUGACGAGAGGAGAAGGGCAAAUAUACUCUCCGAGGCAUUCAAGAGAAUGGGGAGAUCUGUGCUUAUAUUGGAUGAUUUCAGGAAGCAAAUCGACGUUGAGAAGAUUGGCAUUCCUGUAGGAAUGAAUGGAUGCAAGUUGAUCAUAACAAGUCGAUCGAAAAAAGUUUGCCAUCAGAUGGAUUGCCAGAGAAUUAUAAAAGUGAACUCAGUUUCUGAGCAAGACGAUUGGGAACUAUUCUUGAAGAAAUUUGGCAGUGUUAAACUUCAAACAUAAAACUAGAUUAAUGA